AUGUCGUUGAGCCCCAAGCACACGACGCCCUUCUCCGUGUCCGACAUCCUAAGCCCCAUCGAGGAGAGCUACAAGAAGUUCGGCGGCGCCAUGGACGGCGCGCCGCCCAACCUGGGCUCCCCCCUGGGGGCGGCGGCCGCGGCUGCAGCGGCUUACCGGCAGCAGCCCGCUGGCUCCUCGUCGCAGGCGGCCGCGGCCGCGGCCGCCGCCGCCGCCGCCGCGGCCGGGAUGCAGCCGCCUCCUCCCCACGCCAUGGCGGGCCACAACGCUGCAGCGGCAGCGGCGGCGGCGGCGGCCGCGGCCGCGGCGGCCGCCACCUACCACAUGCCUCCCAGCGUCUCCCAGUUCCCCCACGGUGCCAUGGGCGGCUACUGCAACGGGGGGAUCGGCAAUAUGGGAGACAUCCCCGCCUACCCGGACGGCAUGAGGGGCAGUGCGGCGGCCGCUGCCGCCACCGGCUGGUACGGGGCCAAUCCGGACCCCCGCUACUCCACAAUCUCCAGGUUCAUGGGGCCGUCCACCGGCAUGAACAUGACGGGCAUGGGGACGCUGACGGGGAUCGCUGAGGCCGCCAAGUCCAUGGCCCCGCUCCACGCGGCUCCAAGAAGGAAAAGGCGAGUGCUCUUCUCGCAGGCGCAAGUCUACGAGCUGGAGAGAAGGUUCAAACAGCAGAAGUACCUGUCAGCCCCGGAACGAGAGCACCUGGCCAGCAUGAUUCACCUCACGCCGACACAAGUGAAGAUCUGGUUCCAAAAUCACCGGUACAAAAUGAAAAGACAGGCGAAGGACAAAGUCACGCAGCAGCUGCAGCAAGAGAACAGCUUGUGCCAGCAGCAGUCACCGCGGCGAGUGGCGGUGCCCGUGCUGGUGAAGGACGGGAAGCCGUGCCAGAACACUUCCAACACCCCGACGCCCAGCCAGCCCGGGCAGCAGCCGCCGCCGCCCAGCGGGGCGCCCGACCUGGAAGAGAUGUCCCCCAGCCCGCCUUCUCUUCACAACCAAGUCACCAACCUAGCCCAGAUGGACGCGACCACUGUCGAUUAUAACAGUGGCAUGGUCAACCCGAACCUGCUCUAUGGCAGGACAUGGUAA